AUGAAGUUCCCCUACAAGCGCAACGAUCUCAAAGAGAUCGGAAUGGUGGCCGGCGGCACAGGCAUCACGCCCAUGCUGCAGGCGCGGCGCGGCCAGCCCUGCGUCGUGCGCCCCACCCUGUUGUGGGUCAGCACUGCUGGGCAGCAGUAG